GGCUGGCCGGAGCUCGGGCUGCGGAGCGCCAAGCACGAGUUCGGGUGGCUUGGGAGGCGGCUGCGGCAUUGGCAGAGCGACCCGGUUUCUGUCCUCAACCUUCCUUCGCGCCGCCAGCAGCCCCGGCUGGCUGUCACCGCCGAGGCCAAGGCGAGAUGGGGCCCCUCAAGGAAAGCUGCAAGAAGGAUCACAAGAUGCAGGACAAGGAGUUUUGCCGCAGCCGGAUUCCUCGCCUGGUACUUCGGCCUCAUCUCCCCCAGCAACAUUUCCAAUACCAGAAGGUGUCUCCAGCAUCCGAAUCCCCCUUUUCUGAAGAGGAAAGCAAAGAAUUCAACCCUUUAAGCUCAUCUGGAGGGUCUGCCAGGACAAUCAGCAGCAACAGCUUUUGCUCAGAUGACACAGGUUGCCCCAGUAGCCAAUCCGUAUCUCCAGUUAAGACUCCACCAGAUACAGGAAACAGUCCAAUCGCUUUCUGUACAGGCAGUGAUGGGGGAGAUUAUGCGAGAAAGAAAUUUAAUUCAGGAACAGUGGCAGAUGGAACUCACCAGCCGGCUCGAUAUAAAAAGGAAGCAAAGACAAACCUCAUAAAGCCAGGAAGUGAAGCUGAUUUUAGUUCAUCGAGUAGUACAGGAAGCAUUUCAGCUCCUGAAGUUCACAUGUCUGGUGGUUCUGGAAACAAAAGAUCAUCAUUUUCCCGCAAGUAUGUCACAACAUUUUACCCUGCUUCAUCUCGGUUAUUUAUAUCUGGGUCCAGCCCUCCAACCACAGCCCGUGAGAAGGACUUCUUGUCGAUGCUGUGUAAAAAUCAAUUGAGUCCUGUCAGUCCCCAUCAGAAUUAUGGUGCCUCUUCAGCCAGCAGCAGCAAUUCCGGUUCAUACAAGGGAAAUGAUAACAGCCCGACUUUUAGGCAAGUGAACUCCUCUAUAAUAUUUAUCUCCUCCUUGCUGUCCUACCACUUCCCAAAUCUUUAUGUAUCUCGUCCUGAAAAUAUCUCAGACUUGCUUGUGGAUUUGACACCCACAGAUCCAAAUUCUGCUAUUCUCUUAUCUCCAUUGAAACCCAUGCCCAGGGCCAUGGAUUCUCGCUAUUACGAAAACCGAGUCAUGAAGGAACUGGAUUUCAUAGACUAUCACACCACAACCCUUGGGAAUGUGACAAAGAUGUCUGAGGGGAACAUUGUCAAAAGUGUAUCUCGUCCUGAAAAUAUCUCAGACUUGCUUGUGGAUUUGACACCCACAGAUCCAAAUUCUGCUAUUCUCUUAUCUCCAUUGAAACCCAUGCCCAGGGCCAUGGAUUCUCGCUAUUACGAAAACCGAGUCAUGAAGGAACUGGAUUUCAUAGACUAUCACACCACAACCCUUGGGAAUGUGACAAAGAUGUCUGAGGGGAACAUUGUCAAAAGUGUAUCUCGUCCUGAAAAUAUCUCAGACUUGCUUGUGGAUUUGACACCCACAGAUCCAAAUUCUGCUAUUCUCUUAUCUCCAUUGAAACCCAUGCCCAGGGCCAUGGAUUCUCGCUAUUACGAAAACCGAGUCAUGAAGGAACUGGAUUUCAUAGACUAUCACACCACAACCCUUGGGAAUGUGACAAAGAUGUCUGAGGGGAACAUUGUCAAAAGGUAUUGGAGCAGCAACUUCCUCAUAGAUCUGUUGGCCAUUGGUGCCCCCAUUAACAUAUUCAAGGCACAAGAUGUUUGUCCAAUCAACCCAUCUCCCGUUUUGGUGGAAUCCAGUGUAUCUCGUCCUGAAAAUAUCUCAGACUUGCUUGUGGAUUUGACACCCACAGAUCCAAAUUCUGCUAUUCUCUUAUCUCCAUUGAAACCCAUGCCCAGGGCCAUGGAUUCUCGCUAUUACGAAAACCGAGUCAUGAAGGAACUGGAUUUCAUAGACUAUCACACCACAACCCUUGGGAAUGUGACAAAGAUGUCUGAGGGGAACAUUGUCAAAAGGUAUUGGAGCAGCAACUUCCUCAUAGAUCUGUUGGCCAUUGGUGCCCCCAUUGUGCCAACAAUCAUGUGGAUGUUUAGUACUAGGCGGGGAGGAACAAUUCCAAUCUUCACUUUCGGAGCAUUGUUUCGUGGCUGCUGCCUGCUGGCCUUGAAUUCUCUUCGUCAAGAACCGGUUAUUCUUCAACGUUAGAUAUCACUGUCUUGAAUGGUGUGCCAAGAGAUUGUAUUCUGGUGGAUAUUAUAGUGAGGCCAUUUAAAAAAAAAAAAAAAGUGGUGUGCAUCAUGGUGAAUCUGCCUGUUUUGCUCCUAAAUGUUUGAUUUGCACUAUAUUUAAUUGAGAACAUGUUCGUUGUUUGAAAUUGAAGGCAAACUAUUGAUGGCAUGGAGACAUGUUUCCAUUAAGUGUAUACACAAGUGCAUUUAUAGCGCAUGAUCAGCACUUUCCAUCCUGUGGUCGGAUGUAUGGAUUGUGAUACCAAAUGUGUUCUGAUGUGAGGGUCAGGUUCAUUCUUUCAAAGGCAGCAUAUAUAGUCCCAGCAUGUGUUGUCUAUGCUUCUAAAUGGCACAAUUGUGAUGCAGUCACGCUCGCAUUCCAUUCAUCUUGUGUACCCAGGGAUCAUAACCAAAUCUGCCCCCCUCCCCCCACAAACCAGUGUAUUCAUGUAGAUGGGUGGGAAUCUUGAAUUGUGUUAUUUUGUUUAUGAAUAUGGCUGUGAAUAUAUUUUACUGAGAUUUGUCUGAAGUCUUAAAUGAAGUCUUACUGGAAGUGUAAUGUUAAUCUAUGAAGGAAUAUUUUAAAUGUGUGAUGUAAUAACUUAUUUUUCCUCUUGUUUAAUAAUCUUUUCAAGAAAGCAAAGACCCUUUGAAUCACAUGUUGUAAAUAAAGCAUGCUGAAACUGAA